CCCGGAUGUAGACGGUUUGUUGUGGUUGUCGUCGUCAUGGAUGUAUAACAGCGAUAGUUUAUUAAUAUAUAUACUGUAGAUAAUUCAUCAUAAGGUCGGAACUGAAGAUGUCGGCGACCGAGGAAGACACGGAGCUGCGGGACCUUCUGAUCCAGAGCCUGGAGAACAGCGGGGUGCUGAACAAACUCAAGGCAGAGAUGCGUGCUGCUGUGUUCCUGGCCAUGGAUGAACAGGAUAAGGUGGAGAACAAAAGCCCCCUGGUGAACGAGAACCUGAGGAAGUUCCUCAACACAAAAGACGGCCGUCUGGUGGCCGGUCUCAUCGUGGACUUCCUCCAUGUGUUCCACCUGGACUUCACCCUGGCCGUGUUCCAGCCAGAGAUCCACGCGCUGAAGGCUCUGGACAGCAGGGAGCAGGUCUCCCAGGAGCUGGGCCUCGCGGACGAGGGGAAGAAGAAGACUCCUCUGCUGCUGGAGCUGCUGAGGAGAGGAAGGCAGAGGUCAGAGGUAGUGCAGGACUCCGGUGAUGUCAGACUAGGAGGACAGAAGACCACGGCUGCCCUCGUCAGUAAGAUUCCCAGACUUAGAGUCCAGAAGCAGACAGCACAGAGAGGCUCGGCUGCACAGGCGCCCCAGGAGACGGGGCCCCCCAAGGGGAAGGGGGACCAGAUCCAGACCGGCCCCCCCGGCAGCCUGAGGGCCCUGGAGGGGGGGGAGGAGGAGCAGGAGGGGGGGGGGCCCGAGGAGGGGGACUCCUUCUUCGACGACCCCCCGCCCGGCCCCCAGAAGACCUUCGGAUGGGGGGCGGGGUCCUCUGACACCAGGGAGGGUCCGGUGGGCUCUGUGUCAGAGCGGGCUCCUGGGAGGACGGCCGGAGGGACCAGCAGCGCCUCCGGAGACCCCAGGGACCCCAGGGACCCCCCGCUGGGACGCCACGGGGGCGCUGCCUCUACCGUGAAGAGCGCCAGAGAGGCCAGGAGCAGCGGUGAGAGGCCCGGACCCCCGCCCCCAGACGACGACCCGGAGUACGACGACGACUUCAACAGCCACCGCUCAGACUUCUCCAGGAGUGAGAUCAGCAUCGGGGAGGAGAUCGAGGAGGUGUCCAUAGAGGGCCCCCACGACAGCGACAAGGUUGAUGACGACACCCAGGACCUCAGUGUGUCCCAGUUGAGCCAGUCGCUCCACGCAGACUACGUAGAGGAUGUAGCCUGAGCUCUCUCUCUCGCUCUCGCCCUCUCCCUCUCCCUCUCCCUCUCUCUCGCUCUCUCGCUCUCGCUCUCGCCCUCUCCCUCUCCCUCUCCCUCUUUCUCGCUCUCGCUCUCUCCCUCUCCCUCUCCCUCUCCCUCUCCCUCUCCCUCUCUCUCACUCUCGCUCUCGCUCUCGCUCUCGCCCUCUCCC